AUGUCCUUUCCCAACAGCUCUCCUGCCGCUAAUACUUUUUUAGUAGAUUCUCUCAUCAGUGCGUGCAGGAGUGACAGUUUCUACUCCAACAGCGCCAGCAUGUAUAUGCCACCUAGCACAGACAUUGGGACUUAUGGGAUGCAAACCUGUGGACUCCUACCGUCUCUGGCUAAAAGAGAAGUUAAUCACCAAAAUAUGGGUAUGAAUGUACAUCCUUAUAUACCUCAAGUAGACAGUUGGACAGAUCCGAACAGAUCUUGUCGAAUAGAGCAACCUGUUACACAGCAGGUCCCCACUUGUUCCUUCACUACAAAUAUUAAAGAAGAAAGCAAUUGCUGCAUGUAUUCCGAUAAGAGAACCAAACUCAUUUCUUCAGACGUCCCUUCCUACCAGAGGCUGGUGUCUGAAUCAUGCCCCAUUGAGAACCCCGAGGUUCCCGUCCCAGGAUAUUUUAGACUGAGCCAGACCUACGCCACUGGGAAAACCCAAGAGUACAAUAAUAGCCCUGAAACGAGUUCAACCGUAAUGUUACAGUUAAACCCUCGCGGCAGCUCCAAACCGCAGCUAUCGUCUCAACUUCAGAUGGAAAAGAAAAUGAAUGAAAACCCGAACGGCCAGGACGGAGCGGCUAAAGUCUCUCAAGUGGAAAGUCCCGAGCCCAAGUCCACGUUGCAAGACGAGAGGAGCUGCCUGCCCGAAGGCUCCGUGUCCAGCCCCGAGGUCCAGGAGAAGGAGACUAAAGAGGAAAUCAAGUCUGAUACUCCAACGAGCAAUUGGCUAACUGCAAAGAGUGGCAGAAAGAAGAGGUGCCCUUAUACUAAACACCAAACACUGGAAUUAGAGAAAGAGUUCUUAUUCAAUAUGUAUCUCACCCGAGAGCGCCGCCUAGAGAUCAGUAAGAGCGUAAACCUCACUGACAGGCAGGUCAAGAUUUGGUUUCAAAACCGCAGAAUGAAGCUCAAGAAGAUGAGCAGGGAGAACCGAAUCCGAGAACUGACCGCUAAUCUGACCUUCUCCUAAGGCGUUCCCGGGGGUGGCAACAGCGAGCAGUGGGCACGGCACCGCCGGUGCCACGUGUGGGAGAGACUCUGGCAGAACCGUCCUUUUCCUUUUAUUUUCUGGUAGAAUGUGACUCUUCGUCCUUCUUUUAGCGCUGCAAGUGAAUAUGUAUUACUAUGACGAGUAUAUAUAAAAACUAGCACGUGUAAUUUAUUUUUGUUCUCAUCGUAAUGCAGGGUAACUAUUAUUGAAUAUUAUCAUUUGGUCUUAACUUAUUGGAACUGUCGAACAUCCAAGCAAUGUGACUUUUUUCAUGUUUUUACUAACAAAAUGGUAUUUAUGUGGGGCUGUUACACGGGCCAUAACGUUUGGAGUACAUUCAAUACUUUAAGAAAAAGGGGGGGGAAACUUUGGGGGCGGGGGGAAAGAGAAGCACAUCAUAAUGUAACUAUCCUCGCAAAUGAACUUAGAGGUCGUCCUUCGUAAAAUGGAAUCUUUCAUUCUUCUCCAUUGUAGACAUUUUCUCGUGGUGCAUAUGUGGAAUAGUAGUCGUUCAGCAGCAAUAUGUCCUUCUUGUGCAUGUUCUGUUCGCAUGUAUAAUGCAAUAAACUCUGUAAACUA